GAAAACUAAGUUGGGAAAGAAUUGAAGGAAGUCUAGUGGUCAUUUAGACAAACAAAGCUCACACACAGGGCUCUGCGCUGGCUGAAUACACAACAUCAGUACGUGUAGCUGUACAAAACAAAGGACUUCAGAUGAGAGAAUCUGAGAAACCAUCUGAAGAGAGGAGCUAUGCUGGCCGGAGAGAGAGGUCUCCUAGUUUUAACUGUUUUAACUGUUUUUUAAGUUGUAGGUCUGAAGAUAAAAAGGAAAUUGGUCGACCCAUGGACAUCUUGAAAGGCUGCAUCUAUGACUUGUGUGGAUAGUUCCUGGGUAUAAAGUGAGGGUUUGCCGUCUAUCUGCUGUUGCCAAGAAAGCCCUGAAAGGCAGAGCGAGCUGAACUGUGCAUUCCCACCACUGUGGAACUAUGGGAUCCUCCACUCUGGGCAAGGCGGCUUCUCUCGAUGCACUGCUAGUUGAAUGCAUUCAUGCAUUUGAUGAUAACGGUGAUCUCCAUGCCAACCUGCUCCCUCGCACCCUGCUACUAAUGCAUCGCUGGUAUGCUACAUCCUCUGAGCUGGCAGGAAAACUACUAAUGAUGUACCGUGACGGCAAAGAAGACAGCUGCAGGAUGACCAGGCUGAAGAUUUGCUAUUUCAUGAGGUUCUGGACAGUGACCUUCCCUGCAGAAUUCAACCUGGAUUUGGGACUGAUCCAGAUCACAGAGGAGUUCAGGGAGGUGGCCGCUCAGCUUGGUUGUGAAGAGCAUUUUAAACUCAUCGACAUCUCAGCCAUACCGUCAUAUGAUUGGAUGCGGAAGUUGACCCAAAGGAAGAAACAAGCCAAGAAAGGGAAAGCAUCACUGCUGUUUGACCACUUGCAGCCUGUGGAGCUGGCAGAGCAUCUCACCUUCCUGGAGUUCAAGUCUAUCCGGAGGAUAUCGUUCACUGACUAUCAGAGCUACGUGAUCCAUGGUUGUCUUGUGGAAAAUCCGACUCUGGAGCGCUCCAUCGCUCUCUUCAAUGGCAUCUCACAGUGGGUCCAGCUGAUGGUGCUCAGCAAACUCACACCUCAGACCCGAGCAGAGGUCAUCGCCAAAUACAUCCACGUGGCUCAGAAACUGCUGCAUCUUCAGAACUUCAACACUCUGAUGGCGGUGGUGGGAGGUCUGAGCCACAGCUCGAUUUCUCGACUGAAAGAAACUCAUGCUUACCUGGCGCCAGAAGUUUUGAAGAUUUGGAGCGAGAUGACAGAGCUGGUCUCUUCCAACAACAACUACUCCAACUACAGAAAGGCCUUCAAUGAAUGCAGAGGGUUUAAAAUCCCCAUCCUGGGCGUUCACCUGAAGGAUCUGAUCGCAGUGCACGUCAUCUUUCCUGACUGGGUCGGUGACGGCACCAUGGUGAACCUGGUGAAGAUGCAUCAGCUGUACAUGACGUUCAAUGAGCUGGUGUCACUACAGAGUGUGGUAUCCCAAGUGGAGCCCAACAUGGACCUCAUUUACCUUCUGACGCUUUCUCUUGACCUUUAUUACACAGAAGAUGAGAUUUAUGAGCUAUCGUUGCUGAGGGAACCACGUAACCCAAAAUCGCAGCCUACAUCUCCAACUACUCCCAACAAACCCUUAGCCCCACUGGACUGGGCCUCUGGGGUUACCAGCAAACCAGAUCCUUCUGUGGUCAGUAAACACAUUCGCAAACUAGUAGAGUCUGUUUUCAGGAAUUAUGACCAUGACCAUGAUGGCUAUAUAUCACAAGAAGACUUUGAGAGUAUUGCAGCUAAUUUCCCAUUUCUGGACUCAUUCUGCGUUUUGGAUAAAGAUCAAGAUGGAUUGAUCAGCAAGGAUGAGAUGGUUGCGUAUUUCCUCCGGGCCAACCCUCUGCUCCAAUGUAAGAUGGGACCAGGAUUCAUUCACAACUUUCAGGAGAUGACCUAUCUGAAGCCAACCUUCUGUGAACAUUGUGCCGGAUUUCUCUGGGGAAUCAUCAAACAGGGAUACAAGUGCAGAGACUGUGGAGUUAACUGUCAUAAACAAUGUCGGGAACUGCUGGUUCUGGCCUGCAGGAAGCUGAUUCGCUCAGGCUCUCUAAGCAGUGGCUCUCCAGCCAGGCUGACCCACAGUUCUCUGCCCAACAGCCCAACGCUGCCCACCUGUAAAGACGAGGACGAUGUGUUUGAGUUCCCAGCUGUCGCCCCGGCAGGUCCAGCUCCGGAUCCCCAGUCCAUCACCCUGAUGACCGGCUCGGCUCAAAGGAUAUCUGUGCGCCUGCAGAGGGCCACCACUAGCCAAGCCACACAGACUGAGCCCCUGUGGUCUGAUCUGGGCUGGGGGUCCGCAGACAGCGGCUCACACACGUUUCCUAAAAUGAAGUACAGGACUCACAGAAAGGCGUCUAAAUGCCCGGGUAUUGCCAGCUGGGAAAACCACAGCAAUAGACAGAAGCACGGAGUUUCCGCUCAGAACUAUUUGAAUUACCAGAACAAACCCGGCAUCUGUGAGGGACGAAACGGAGAAACAAACACGAUGGAGGACAGCUGACUUGGCCACAGCAAUGAAGGCCGGGAGCACAGGACCUCUAGGACCACUAGGACCACAGGGAGCAGGAGGUUCUUCUCACUGGGGAAGACCUUGGGAUGCUUCAAGUCCCCAUUCAGUGACUUGAAGUUCUCUCAUCCUUUCUAGACACUGGGGAGACAUAUGGCUGCUACCAGGGAGAAGCUCAGUGGACCAUGAACACCUGAUGAGAAUCAAAUCCUGAGACCAGAGAAAGCUUUAAAGGCUCCUGAAAAGACAACACAUGAGGAUUUACAAGUGAAAUGGAAGCUAAAGAAGUGUGCUUCGGAUCUGUGGGUCAGUCUUUAAUUAAAACUCAGAGGUUUGGACAGAAAACAUACCUCAAAGAGUGAAUCACCAACCUAAAUGAAAGAGCCUUGAAAAGGCUGAUAUCUCUGGGCACAUAUGUACAUAAUGUGUUUAUACAGCGGUGCAAAUAAAGGGAAACUAUUAUUCUUA